UGCUCUAUCCUAACUUGUGUGCAUAUUCAUUCCUCUUGGCUCCCUUAAACUCUCUUUCUCUCUUUGUGUGUCUCUUUCUCUAUUUCUGAGUCUCAGUGUUAGGGGGGUUAUUCAUUAUUCAUAAUAACUUGGCUUUAUAGCAUUUUCCCUUUUGAUAUAAAAUGGGAAGGCAACCUUGUUGUGACAAAGUUGGGUUGAAGAAGGGGCCAUGGACUGCAGAGGAGGAUAAGAAGCUCAUAAGCUUCAUCCUCACUAAUGGCCAAUGUUGCUGGAGAGCUGUCCCUAAGCUAGCAGGGCUUUUAAGGUGUGGGAAGAGUUGCAGGCUCAGGUGGACAAAUUACUUGAGGCCAGACUUAAAGAGAGGUCUUUUAUCAGAAUACGAAGAAAAAAUGGUCAUUGAUCUUCAUGCUCAACUUGGCAAUAGAUGGUCUAAGAUUGCUUCUCAUCUCCCUGGAAGAACUGAUAAUGAGAUAAAAAAUCAUUGGAACACACACAUAAAGAAAAAGCUCAAGAAAAUGGGCAUUGAUCCUGCCACACAUAAACCACUUCCUAAUGCAAAUGAACAAAACCAAAAUCAAACCAGACAAGAUCAACAACUACACCACCAACCAGUAGAAUUAGAAGAGCCUAACCAACAACCUUUGCAAGUUGACUUUGACCCCAAAGUUGACCCAAAUAAGGAGCCAGAGAAGCCAGAGACUUCAUUGGAAUCAUCAACCAUCACUGAAGAAGCCAAAGAGGAAGACCAAAUCAUAACACCCUUAUUUGACACAAUGGAGCUAAUGAAUGGUUUCUGCACAGAUGAAGUUCCAAUAAUUGAACCUCAUGAGAUUCUAAUGCCUUGUGCUCCUUCCUCUUCAUCCACCACCUCUUCAUCAUCUUCUUCAAAUUCAACCAAUUUUCUUGAAGACUUGCAGCUACCAGAUUUUGAAUGGUCUUGUAAUUACAAUGAUAAUAACACUAUUACUAACAAUAACAACAAUGAAGACAAAGACGACGACAACAACAACAAUAGCAGCAUGGCCUUGUGGGAUGAUGACAUUAUUGGCAACCGUUAUUGGCUGAUUAAUGAAGAUGAUGAUAGUGAUGAAAACCAAGUGUUUGAUGCUUCUCUCACUCAAUUCUCAAAAAUGUUCAUGGAAUCAGAAUCUUGGGGAUAUGGCUUAUUUUGAUUUGAAUUUUCUCCCCAUUAUUUGCGAUUUGCUUCUAAGUUUUUACGAAGAAUAAACGGUUAAUAAUUUAUUAGGAAGAA